GCUGAUAUUUUAAUUAUGUCAAAAUGGGUCAAGUAGAAGUUCAAGACAAUAAAAUUAAAAAGAUCGCCAUGAACAUUAAUCUAAGCAAUAAUAUUAAGCAAAACAAAAAGUAUAAUUGCACUUAUCCUGACUGCCAUGCCAUGUUCGAACGACCGUGGAGGCUAGAGAGGCAUAUGCGUUUGCACGUUGGAGAGGUAAGACCAUAUACAUGCACUCAUCCAGGAUGUACAAAGUCUUAUACAGAUUCUACUUACUUGAAAAGACAUUUAGAAACACAUACUGCCAUAGUAAAAAUAUACAAAUGUACAGAAUGUACACUAUCAUGUAAAUAUCUUCAUAAUCUUAAACGUCAUUACAUGAUAAAACAUAAAAAGGAUAAAGAACUUAUCUGUCAGGAAUGUGGUCUAACUUUCAAUGAAAAACAUCAUCUAAACAGGCAUAGUCAUAUCCAUUCUGGUCCUACAAUUUAUCAAUGUGAUAAAUGUCCUAAAACUUUUGCGAUGCGCAAUAGACUCAGACAACAUCAAGAAAUACACAAGAAAAGUUAUCCCUGUCCGGUAUCUGAAUGCUCAGAAGUAUUUGAAAAAUGGCUACAGUUAUGUGCACAUAAAAAAGCAAAACAUGAAACUGAAUAUAAGUGUGACAAAUGUGACAAAAUUUUCUCUCUUAAAAUUAGAUUAGACAAUCACAUAAAAACACAUUCUGAAAACAGACCAAGUAUAUUAUGUCCAUAUGACAAAUGUCAUAGAACAUAUUUUUACAAAUCCAAUUUAGAAAAUCAUAUAAAAGUUACUCAUCUCGAAAAGAAAUUUGUUUGUGAUAUAUGUUCUAAGGGACUUGUGUCUAAACGAGGAUUAAUUAAACACAUUCAAUCUCAUGAAAAACCGAAAAAGACCAGACCGACCAGAGUACAUAGAAAAAAGAGAAAGGAUGCUGGAAUGCCAAAGAAAAGUAUAUUGACUGCACUAGUUGGAAUUGAUUUGCCACAGAAUUUAGAAACAAUGGUAAUGAAUCGGGAGAUACUGACACCAGCUAAAUUAGAUGAGCUUAAUUCUACCUUCAAAAAUACUGUAUAAUUUAGUGGUUUUAUUUUUGACA